AUGAUCCAUAGAGACUCGAGAGAAUCACCUUUUUAUCCGGGUGACCACUUAACACAAGAUGAAAGGCUUCAAAGAUUCGUCGAACAAUCCAAAGCUCAAGCGCGUUACAUCGAGUCACAAAUAUUACACCAAAACAAUGCAACUCGCUCCAUUAAUCUUGAUGUUGCACGUUUACCUGUAGUUUAUGAACCAAGAACCUUUUACGUUGCAACGCUUGGUUUAGGUACGUUUCCUGGUGAACGACCACCAUUCAAGAAUUACUAUUUGAUGAUUGAUUCUGGCAGUGAACUGACGUGGCUUCAGUGCGAAGGUGCCACUAAAGCUUUCAAUCAAGAUAUGCCUCUUUAUCCUUGGCAUUUGUCAACUACAUACCAUCCUAUGCCUUGCAAUACACAUCCUUUGUGCAAGGGAGAUAGGUGCAAUGCUAAUGGCGAAUGCAUCUACGAAAGAUCUUAUCAGGCUGGAUCGGUUACUGCUGGUGUUCUUGCUAAAGAAACAUUAACCGUAAGGUCUGAUAUUGGUGGCUCUGAAAGUAUGGAAUUAUACAUGGGGUGUGGUUUUAACCAAGAGAAUUUCGAUAUCGGUGAUAAUCAUCUGCGUGGCAAACCCGAUCUUAUUGCAGGAAUACUUGGUUUAGGAUCAGGAUCGUGGUCUUUUGUGAAUCAAUUAGGUGAUGAAGGGCAAGGUAAAUAUUCCUACUGCUUCGAGCCGUAUAACUCUAACAUUGGGGGAUCAGAUACAUAUUUAAGGUUUGGUGAAGAUGCAAAAAUUGGAGGCGCAUUUUCAAAAGUAUAUACAACUCCCAUGGUAGUGACUCAGUUUCCGACCCAACUCUAUUACUUAAAACUAGAAGAUAUUAGUGUAGGUAAUAACAAAAUAAGAUUCCCUAGAGGUACUUUUGAGGUCAACAGUAAAGGAGUUGGCGGUACUGCCAUAGAUUCUGGUACUCCAAUAUCCAUGAUGUAUAAAUAUCAUUUUGAUAGAGUUGCAAAUUUGGUGAAGGAACAUUUUAGCAAACUCGGAGUCGAAUAUAUCGGUUCCCAGGAAUAUUUUGAUGUUUGUUUCAGGCUACGGGGAAAAUUUGAUAUUAAUAAUUAUCCUUCCAUAACAUACCAUUUUCAACAGGCCGACUAUGUUAUUUCAGAUUAUAAAGCUAAUUUUGUGAUGCUAUCCAUUGACACGGUUUGUUUAGCCAUUUUCUCACGGGAUAGUAAUACACCAUCUUUAUUAUUAGGAGCAAUGCAACAAAUUAAUAAACGGAUUCUAUAUAAUGUGAUGGAUCAGUCACUCUCAUUUGCUUCAGAGCAUUGCGAAUUAGAUUCAUGA